UUUGCCUUGCUAUAAUUGGUCAUCCACUAGUAGUAGGUAGGUAAGCAAAACUUUUGAGAGAGUACUGCCAGCUGCCUUGUGUAUACGGUACGGAGUAGGAACGAGAACUCGAGAUUCGAGAGUGGCCGAAAUGGGCAAAGAAGAAAAACAUCCAUCACAGAGGUUUACGUUAACCUUAUCAGAUUAUUAUUGACAAGUCACACUGAAUGAGGCUAAGCUUCAUAUUGGCUCAUUUACUUACUACCUAAUACCUAUUUAUUAACACGCCGCGAAAAUUGUUGCUCCAUAGGUUAACCUUAAUUAUUAAGAAUAACAUUCUCAUCGUUAUAGCUUCCUUUUGCCCUUUUCCAAACAAUGCCACUUGAAUCUUUCACUCUAAUAGCCUUAUAGCAGACAAAGCCAAAAAGGUUACAGAAGCAAUACAUUAAUUACCGUUUGUUGAACUGCAUCUAUUCAUCAUGAAAUUUGCCAAGGAAUUCAAAGAUGCCCUUGCCAGAGAAGGCUUUCCGCCACGCUGGGUAGAUUCUGCCAUUCCUUAUGGUUUGCUCAAGAAGUCUCUUAAAAAGGUUGGUCGGAAAUUCACCAUGAGAAGCAAAAGCUAAAGUAUCUCUAGAUUGCGACUGAGCUAGCAGAGUGCGGCCUUGAUCCCGCCGCGCUUGCUAAGUUGAGAGAGAUUUCUAGUACUGGGCCCGCUUACUUGUAUGACUUCAAGGGUAUGACCAACCUUCCACGUCGAUGUCGUUUUUGUUAGAGAUAUUGAUUGAAAAAGGGUCAAAGGUCCGGCCCACCCUCAUUUUACGGCUGGAACAAGGAGUCACCGUUGAUGCCAGGCUGUCGGCCGACACGAGAAGAUAUCUUGAGGAUCUCGUAAAUCACCAUCAGGAUCUUUCCAGUGUGGCACUAAUCGAUCCUAUCAGUGAUGGAAGUAGACAAAUCAUACCUGUGUAAGUGUAUCCUUACGACAGUCCCGUUUGACGGCUGCUGAUAUGACGUGUAGAGAGCCACCGGCAGAAAAAGAGGUAGAGCAACCCCUUGUCCGGGAAGUCGAGGUGCCUCUCACCUUUGAUGCAGAAUUCUUCGGUCUUCUACAGGGAGAUGUCCACAACCUAGAUGCUCUCCAAGAUGAGGAACAGAAGGCUCUGGUAGCUGAGGUUGGUGGCCUUUCAAAAGAGCUGGUCAAGCUCAGCGAACCUUCAAGGUUCAAAAAGACCGACCAGUAUCGAUGGAGAGAAUUGUUUGAUGUUUACUUACAAGCGGGAAUCUUCUUUUCAGAUCUUGAAAAGGACCACGGCAAGCGUGAUAGUGCAGCUGCGUUAAAGCGGUUACAGUGAGUACGCAUAUUUCCGUAAGUACGCGGCCCACUGACUGGAUGCGCUCUUUUCAGGUGGUUUCAAAGCGAAGUAGUCAAGAGAGGCAUCGUAGAUACAUUCAAACUCUCCCCUAGCCGUAAAGCAUGUACGUAUCUUGAAUUCUGGCAUUUUCUAAACGAAGAUUCCUGACCUCCCUAGUGAAUCAGUUCAUAAGCAUCAACGUUACGCUACUUCGAAAUCUCCAGUUUCAGGAGAUCAACCAGAAAGCCAUUGCUAAGAUAUUGAAAAGUAAGUUAGUCCUAUGCUUGUCAAGUUUCUCCUGGCUGGGGAAACGCUUCUUCUAUACCUCAACAUCUCCCCAAAUUAUAACUAAUACAAGUAGAAUUUGACAAAAGAACAACACUGGGUGCCAGGCAAACAUUUCCCAGACUGAUCCAAUCCGAUGUUAUUAUGACGGAAACAAUGGCAAGAUCGGUAUGCGCCCAGAUGACGCAGGACCUUGUUCAGAUAGUACCUCAGCUAAGUGAUUAUACUUGUCCCGUCUGUCUUGCAAUAGUAUGGCGGCCAAUAAGAAUGGAAUGCAACCACGUGUUGUGUGUUCGAUGUACGGUAUUUAUGCAGCGGCGUGGGACCGGUGCCUGCCCGUUAUGCCGGGAUGAUGUUAUUUUAAAGGCCGAUCAAGGUAGGUUAAAGAUAUGUGGGAUUGGACAAAGUGGAAUACUCCUCAACUGAUGCGCAUAGAUAACAUCGACGAAAAACUCUCCAAGUUUCUUCUGAGGAAUUUUCCCAAAGAGACGAAGGAAAAACAAAUUGAGCAUGAAACCAUAGAUGGCAGGGAGAGGUUUGGUAUUUACUAUACUCACCCUUCAGAACAAACUCCUCUGCAGAGAUAUUGCGCCGUCAUGUGAAAGAAGCGGUGGGAGAAGUAGUUCCAGCAAUUUGUCCCCUUGAGCGGGAGUAGGAAUGUUCUAGACAAGAACUCACGGCGUUUUUUCUUCUCCAUGAUAUCCAAUGGUGGCGAUGGAAUGAUUACUAUCAGCUUUUUCUCGAAUAAAUGAAAUAAUACAGAACAAUUGUUUUACCACUCUUUCCACAUUUUCAGAAUCUAAC